ACGUUGUUCUCUUGCUUGACCGUUGCCAGCUCCUGAACUCCUGCGGACCUGCGCCUUCGACACCUGCAAUGCCAUAAGGGCCGCCGCUCUUCCACCCCGACGCUAUGUGGCGGGACCGCACCAAUCUCUUCAUUUCCUACCGCCAAUCCUACUCGCAUCAUCCACAGAAGAAGCCACGGUAUGGCGGACCCUCGAACGGGUUCGGCGACGACGCUGGCGACGAGCGUAGGGGGCUCAUGUCCGCCGGGGCCUUUGAAGACGACGGCGAUGCGGUGAUAGAGAUGGAUCUGCUGCCUCCGCGGUGGCUCGACAUCCAGGACGAGGUCACCGAGUACCUGGCCGAGAUAUCCAAGCAGAACCGGCGCCUAGAGCAGCUCCACCAGAAGCACGUUCUGCCCGGCUUCGACGACGAAGACGUGAAGAAGCGGGAGGAGCGCGAGAUUGAACAGUUGACCCAGGAGAUCACGCGUGGCUUUCAGAGCUGCCAGAAAGCAAUUAAGCGUAUUGAAAAGAUGGUGCGAGACUCGAAGCAGAAUGGCACCAUCAGCAAAGGCGAGGAGACCAUGGCCAAGAAUCUCAAGAUAUCCCUGGCUUCACGGGUAGGAGACGUCAGCGCCAUGUUCCGCAAGAAGCAGUCUGCGUAUCUCAAGAAACUUCGAGCCCUUGGAGGCCUCGCCUCGCCCUCCGGCCUCCGCUCCAUAACUCCUAUCCAAAAUCCAUAUAACGACCCGGCCCUUCAAGAAUCCGACGCAGAUCGCUCAUUCUCGCAAUCGACGCUUUUACAAACCGCCCAGAAAAGGCUGACACAUGACCCGAAUGCCACUCUAAUCGCACAACGCGAGCGCGAGAUUGAGGACAUUGCCCAGGGCAUCAUCGAGCUGGCCAACAUUUUCCAGGAGCUACAAACUAUGGUCAUUGACCAAGGUAGCAUGCUCGACCGAAUCGAUUACAACGUGGAGCGCAUGGCAACGGACGUAAAGGCUGCGGACAAGGAAUUGACUGUCGCUACAGGAUACCAGAAACGAAGCGUGAAGAGGAAGAUUAUGCUUCUGCUAGUGAUCCUGGUGGCAGGAAUGUUCAUCCUCCUAUCGCUGAAACUGAGUCGGAAGGGAGGGAGCAGUCCGCCUCCAGCAACUCCACCACCAGCUGCCCCAGAAGUUCCACCCCCGACGUUCCAGAUCACCGAAAGGACCAUUCGAGCAGAGCGUCAAGAUUUAUCAAAGCCAGCCAGAGACUGGCACCGGCGCAAAAGACGGAUAUGGAGGUAGCCGGAAGAUCCGGCGCUUCUAUCAUGAUGCAACACUUCUGUACCAUAACUUAAUGAAAGAUCGCUUCGCGCUGCGGGGCUCUAAUGCUGGUAUGUCUAUGUCUAAGCUGUGAAGGGGGUUGACUGGGAAUCGGCUAGUCUCUCAGGUUUGGAUGUCCCGUCAUCCUAUCGCUUAACCGGAUGAAAUCCACGAGCCUAGCUUUCGUAUGCAACCCCCCCUUGUUUCCUGACUGAACGACAGGAGACUGGUUCGUGGAACAGCGCCAUCGGCCCCCAUAACCUGGAAAUGGAGUACCGGUCUCGGAGAACCGGGAAGCCCUCCUUUUGCAAGGGUUGCUUUUAUCCCAGCUAGAAUUAACCUAAGAGUAUUUCAGACCCCGCUUGGCAAUAAAACCCACUUAAGUAUCAUAUAAUGCUACUAGCUUUCGCCUUCCAGC